GAAAGGGAGCCGCGGUGCCGCGCACCGGCCGACGGACGCCCCGCCGCGACGCGCCACCAACAUGCUCACCCGGGUCAAGUCCGCAGUGGCCGGGUUCAUGGGUGGAAUUAUGGCCGGGGGCAGCUCCGGCGGAGGAGGCAACACUGGCUCCGAGCUGCCGCUGAAAUUCCCAUAUAUGAGACCCGAGUUCCUCGGACUGUCCCCGGAUGAGAUCGAGUGCUCCGCGGACCACAUAGCCCGGCCCAUCCUCAUCCUGAAGGAAACAAGGAGAUUACCGUGGGCCACCGGAUACGCUGAGGUGAUUAAUGCUGGUAAAAGUGCACUGAAUGAGGACCAGGCCUGCUGCGAAGUGGUCGUAGCAAGAAGGAGGCCAAUGAGCUACUGCCCUCCGUCCACGCCCAGCAAGACCCCCACAGCCAAGAGACGCAACUCCCUGCCAAACGGAGAGGGCCUGGGGCUCCGUAUGGAGCACAGUAAGCUGGGAGAGGACAGUGAAGGGCUGGUGUUUCACUACUGGGCCUUGUUUGAUGGCCACGCUGGUUCAGGUGCGGCAGUCGUCGCCUCCCGCCUACUGCAGCACCACAUUGCCUGCCAGCUUCAGGCCGUCAUUGAGAUUCUACGCAACCUAUCCUCCUUACCCCCAACUGUCAUGGGUGAGGAGCCAGACAACAACCCCUACCUCCAGGGAAACACCCCAGGCCCUCACCGAGCCCUGACCCGAGCCGCUUCUCUGCGCGGGGCCGCGGGUGCGCCAGGUUCCCCAUGCAACACCCCGCCUCCACCACGCUUCUUCACUGAGAAGAAGAUCCAGCAUGAGAGCCUGGUGAUAGGAGCCAUAGAGAACGCCUUCAAAGAGAUGGAUGCCCAGAUUGAGAGGGAGAAGCAAGUCUACAACAUCACAGGAGGGUGCACGGCUCUCACUGUGGUUUACCUGCUAGGAAAACUUUACGUGGGGAAUGCAGGUGACAGCAGGGCUAUCAUUAUCAGAAACAAUGAGAUCAUUCCCAUGUCGACAGAGUUUACACCAGAAUCUGAACGACAGCGACUCCAGUUCCUGGGUUUUAUGCAGCCUCACCUGUUAGGAAAUGAGUUCACGCACCUGGAAUUUCCCCGGAGAGUUCAGAGGAAGGAGGUGGGCAAAAGGAUGCUCUACAGAGAUUUCACCAUGAAUGGAUGGGCGUACAAGACCAUUGAGGAUGAAGAUCUCAAGUUUCCACUCAUAUAUGGGGAAGGGAAAAAGGCACGAGUGUUGGCCACCAUCGGAGACCGAGGGCUUGGCGACCAUGACCUCAAAGUUCACGACUCCAACAUUUACAUCAAACCAUUCCUUUCCUGUUGCCCAGAGGUAAAAGUAUAUAACCUGGCACAGUAUGAGCAUGGGGCCGAUGAUGUUCUUGUUAUGGGAACCGACGGCCUCUGGGACGUCCUCUCCAACCAGGAAGUAGCCGAAGCCGUCACCACAUUCCUAGCCAACUGUGACCCUGAUGACCUACACAGGUACACGAUGGCAGCACAAGACCUGGUGAUGCGAGCGCGUGGCGUGCUAAGGGACAGAGGCUGGAGGAUCACCAACGAGCGUCUUGGCUCCGGAGAUGACAUCUCAGCCUUCAUCAUACCGCUGAUGUACGGCAACCGUCAGCCCUGAGGACAGAGAAGCUGCAGUUCAAGGACCUGAAGGGCUCGUAGGCUCUUAAUCCAACAGGACUGAUUUGAACUAAGAAUCCCCGUUCAGUUUUCCUCUGUGCCGUUUGCACAAUUUUUUUCUUUCUUUUUUUCUUUCUUUCUUUCUUUUUUCUAGACCAAGGAUAUACUAACGUUUGGAUAUAUAUAUAGUUUUGUUGGUGUUUCACAUCUCUGCAGGAGUUCAGAAUUGGCCACAUUUGGCUGCUCGGGGAGAAAAAGACAGUCAUGUGUCUCCCGAAUCAAAAUUGCCAAAAAUUUAUUUGAUCUGUUUCAAGUAAAAGUGAUGGAGGAAAAAUUGUGGCUGCACCUGAACUUCUGCAGAGAUGGGAAAACUGAAAAAGACGAAUGCUCUUCCAAAGCGAAGAAAAGACCUCUUUUCUUUCUGUUCUUACCUCUCUUGCAGUGCUGUACAUGGCCCCUCUUCUUCCUUCUCUUUUAGUCCUUCCCUUUUCUCCAAAACUGUACAGUCAACUUGUUUAUAAAGAAAAAAAAACUCCUUUGUUUCGUGACCAUGGACCGAGCUGAGGGGUCAACUGCGCUUUUCCGUUUUGCCACAGUGUGGCUUCAAAGGAAUCACUUGCUGAAGAACCGCUUCCAGAUUGAGACUGAUUGCAGCAAUGAGAUUUUGGGCUCGCAGCCGUGUUGCUGUUCCCAUUCUAAGCAUCUUGUUGUCAUUUCGUAAGAGCCCAUGAAGCCAGAAAUGUUUUGUCACGUAGAAAGUUGGGUGAUUGUUGGUUAUCAUGUUUCUGAGAAUGUGGACGCAGAGGAAAAGAGACAAAGGACCUGACGUUGAGCACCUCAAAGUAGCAAGGCAAAUCAGCAAUCACUUUUAAUGCAGAAGACAUUUUGACGUGUCACAGUGGGAAAGGCACAGGUGUGAAUAAUGAAUUCAAUAAUGGCUGAAUUCACUCACUGGAACACUUGAAUAGAACAUCUUAAAUGUAUUAAUGCUGUAAUCCACUGCAAGUCUGAAGUUGAUAAUUCAGAGUCAGUAUUCCCACCUUCCCAAUAUAAUUGCGUCUUAGCGCAUCUGCUCGGGAAAACACAGACAACCGCAGCAAACUGGUGUUUGAAUGGCGAGUCUCGUAGUUUCACAGGCAUCAACGAAAUACCUACAAUUACAGAAUUUCACGGAGAGAAAGGGCUUAAAAAAUAAGUUGACUGUUGCUGAGCGUUAUAGUGUGAACCACCACAGCCAUCAGCAUAAAGACGCAUAUCAACUAAAUAGAAAUGGAAAUGGCAGCUACAACAUUGUUUCACAAAACAAACACUACAUAAAACACUACAUAAAGUAAAAUGACUGAUGAAAAGGUCAUUCUGCUCGCUUCUUUGUGUGCGACACCAUGUUGCUGUGACACCAGGUGUGUUUAUGUCGGCAAACUCGGCUGUUCCAUUGGACUUUGCAGCGUUAGUAACACCCGUGCUUUUCCUACUAUGACAAGCCUUAAUGUCUGCUUUGAGAAAGCCCCAUUAGAGGUAAUGAAUAUGGUGUAUUGACUUGCCUGGAUGUUGCAUGAAAUGACAUAGGUCAACCUAUUUCAGUUCAUAAAACAUCCAUGCUUCAACAUUUAGGGAAAUGCUUUUUUGCAUUUUGGUUGGGACUUAGAUGAGAAGGUCGAUAUCACGCUCAUAUCAGUAUUAGGAAAUAAAAUUAACAAAACAAUAUAAUUGUAAUCAGUUACCUGUUACUGAGAAAAGAAGUAUAUUAAAAUAUUUAAAUUACAGUUAAUACUCAAAAUGUUGGUGAUUAAGAAGGGGUUACAGCCGGAUAUAUUCUAUUCGGUAAAAUUGCUUUUCAUCUUUUGAACAUACCGGGGUUUUUUUAUGUCCACUUUAGAAGCUUUGUUAGAAAAGUACUUACAAAAUAAGUCAAUUAAAUCAGUUGCACCUAAGUAAUUAAAAUAGAUACAUUACUUGUUCAUUUUUGAACAUGUAACUAGUUAUCUGUAAUCUAUUACAAUUCAAAAGUAACCGUCCCAACACUGAGCAUCCGGGGGCCUUUAACGUAGCUUAGCUUAGCCUAGCUAACAGCUAAAAGCAGGGGGAAAUGGCUAGCAUGGCUCUCUCCAAGGUAAGUUCUCAAAAACCUCAAAAUUAACAACUUUCAGGGCUGGAAAUAUACCAAACAUUGUUUAUGUUUAUAUGAAUUAAACAUGUUUGCUUGUUAGCUUUACAGGUGCUAUUUUGGACAGAGCCAGGCUAGCUGUUUCCUGCUGCUUCCUGUGUUUACGCUAAACUUAUGGUUUUCUAGCUGUAGCUUUGAAUUUAAGGUAUUGUUACAAAAGUGAGAGUGGUAUAAAUGACUGUGCUAAGCUGUUUGCAUGACCACCGAAAUGAAAUGAAUAUUUCAGUAGGCCUAUUCGCUCUGUCUCACACAAAUUGUCCUGUUUAAACAGUCUUACCUAAGAAAUUAUUCUCCCACAGAUUUGCACUGAUUUUCAAAAAUGCAGUACAAAGCAUGUCCUGUUUAAAAAUUACUGGAAAAUUUCAGCAACCCUUUAAUAUUCUUGUCUAACUCUCGGCAAGAAAGCCAGUAAGCUUGUUUUCCCGAAAUGUCAAUCAAUUCCUUUGAAGUAAAUAUUUUAUACAAGCUGAACUGCACACUGAGAAACUUGGGAUUUGUGGAAAUUAGGUUUUUCAAGAAACCUCUUUCACACUUAACUAAAUGCUUCAGCUUUUAAAAAAGUGAUAACCUCAUAACGCUCGCACUUUAAGCUGACCUGCAUCAUUUACCACGCAGCCAUGAUACAUGAAAUGAUGAGGACGUAAAUAUUCCCUGCAACAGGGAGGAUUGAAUUAAAUUCAUGCUUGUAAUUUAAAAAGAAACCAUGAAAUACAAUCAAAGUCAAUCUGAAGAAACUGAAAGUUUUUCUUUAACAUGUUUUGCAUGUUUCAUGAGCUUUAGAUGCUUGAUACGGAUCAUUUUUGUCUUCAGAGGGACAAUGUACUGAGUUUGGAUGUAGUGAUUUACUGUGUGUAGGUGCAUGCAGUGACAUAUUGUAGGCCUGGGAAUAUGAGCGACGGUGCAAUGGUUUAUACUGCUGUUUGUUUUUAUAUGGACUGAAUUUGUAUUUCUGUAACGUAUCAGCGCGUUAGUGAUAAUGUUAUUUGUUUGUAAAUGUGCAUAGAUUAUGCAUAGGCCAUAUUUCUGGGUUUGUUCCUUUAAAGUUAUUAGCAUCCCAUAUAUUUAGCAUAAAGGCUAAGGGUUUAUAAUUCAUUGUGAAGGAAAGGAAACUAGUUUUUGAAAAGUUUCAUUCCAAUCUGGGAAAGCUGACUGCAAAACUUAAAACAAACUGCAUGUUUCAACGGUUAAGUCCCUGAUGGACAAAAUAAACACUGAUAGAGUAAGUUUUAUGAUUUUAUUUCCUCAAUAGUGGAUAUGUAGAGUUUUGAAGUAGCGCUGGUUUUUUUAGGCUUGACUGCAAACUGAGAAUAUUUCUCCUUAUUUCACAAAAACGGUGCGUACAGGUGAUUGACUGAAUCCAAAGAGGUUUAAAAAGAAACUGAGCAGUGCCAGGAUGAGGAAGCCAUCAUUGAAGGAAUAGUUCAACAUUUUGGGACAAGCACUUCCUCUGGUGAAGUGUAUUUCCCCAAAAAUGUCAAACUUUGUUUUAUGUUGCAUGAUAUGUGCCAUUGUGUAGCAUGGUCUAUUUAUCAUCGUAGCUUUGACUUUUUUGCAGUUGACAAUUAUUGACAUUCCUCCGAGCAGCAGUAAUUUACAUUUGCCUGAAGUUCAUAUGGUGCAUUUUCCCUCUUGUACAUUCCAUGCAAAAAAACAUUUAAAUAUUUAAAUUACAUAUUCUGCAUUGCAAUCUGUCAUAAUUACUUGUUGUUGCAUCUGUGAUUCAAUCAAAUAAGUAUUUUGCCAGUUACCAAGUUCUUUUAAAACCUCUGUUUCAUUUACUGAAUGUCUGUUUUUAUUUUAUUUUACUCUCAUAAGACAAAUUUUCCUGCCACCACUGAAGCAUUGUCUUAGCAUGUGCCUCAGUUCAACAUUGAGGUUUCAAUGAACCAUCUGACAGAGAGAGUGAAUGUUUUGAAUUGCAAACAUGUUAAGACAAUGUAUGAUUGGGGCGUUGUGUUGAAUGUUCAUCCUUAUACCUGUCAUUAAGCCUUUUUGUCAUAGAUGAAUGUCAAAAAAAAUGAAUAUAUGAUUUAUUUUUCUCAUCCUACUGUGCCACCCAACUGCUGCACAUCAACUCAGGUUCAAUUACCAUGUGUAGUUAAGGUGGACAAGCUGUUAAGAGUGGUUUCUAAAGGCGGGGAGUCCCCCAGGGCAGUUUAUUAGUUCCACUACAUUUGUAAAUACGUUUGAGAGGAAGCUCAAAGACUUGAAAGUUUAUGGAGUCCCUUCUGCCCGACUGUAGGUUUCCUGUUUUUGAAGUUGCUGUAUUGUGAAAGUAGUCACUGCUGUUGUUUUUUUCUGCCUUCAAACUAUGGGGUUCAUGAUGGGAAAAAUGAGAGCUGGGAGGGUUUUUUUCCUGUAGCAAAAAGGAAGUUUGAAGGCCAGUGGGGGAAUACUUUUUAAGUGACUAUUGUGCUACCCUCAACCUCUCCAUUUGUGAAUGUGAAAUGUACAUUUUGUAUAACUAAAAGAUAACUUAUGAAGUCAAA